GCUUGUUUCCGGCCACCUCAGCGGGAAUCGGAGACGCGAGCAGCUGGGUCUUUGGGAACUGAGGUAGAGGUUUAACUGUUGUCGCGGCGGAGCAAGUCAAGACGCACCUACGGCCGUCCGGGCCAGUGUUGAGUUUCGGUAGCCUGUGAAGAUGGUGUUGCUCACGAUGAUCGCCCGAGUGGCGGACGGGCUCCCGUUGGCCGCCUCGAUGCAGGAGGACGAACAGUCUGGCCGGGACCUUCAACAGUACCAGAGUCAGGCUAAGCAACUCUUUCGAAAGUUGAAUGAACAGUCCCCUACCAGAUGCACCUUGGAAGCUGGUGCCAUGACUUUUCACUACAUUAUUGAACAGGGGGUGUGUUAUUUGGUUCUGUGUGAAGCUGCCUUCCCUAAAAAGUUGGCUUUUGCCUACCUAGAAGAUUUACAUUCAGAGUUUGAUGAACAGCAUGGGAAGAAGGUGCCAACUGUGUCUAGACCCUAUUCCUUUAUUGAGUUCGAUACCUACAUUCAGAAAACCAAGAAGCUUUAUAUUGACAGUCGUGCUCGGAGAAACCUAGGCUCCAUCAACACUGAAUUGCAAGAUGUGCAGAGGAUCAUGGUGGCCAAUAUUGAAGAAGUGCUACAACGGGGAGAAGCACUCUCAGCAUUGGAUUCGAAGGCUAACAAUUUGUCCAGUCUGUCCAAGAAAUACCGCCAGGAUGCGAAGUACUUGAACAUGCGUUCCACUUACGCCAAACUUGCAGCAGUAGCUGUAUUUUUCAUCAUGUUAAUAGUGUAUGUGAGAUUCUGGUGGCUCUAAAGUAGUGAAUCCAGUCACUGGCAAGGGAGAACCUAGAACCCAGCAGGUGUAUGUUUUCAGGAAGCUGAGCUCACAGAGAUGCGUAUUAGAAUCCAAGUGGAACUUCUGCCUCUAAAGACCUUGCAAGGAAAGACAUGUCCUGAAAAUGAAAGAUUACGCCUCAUUUAAUGAAGCUUAGCCCUAUGUAGAAAGUAUCUUUUGGGGGCAGAGGCUUUCUCUGGGUGCUAAGCCAUAUAUGUUAGGGAACAGUAGAUUGUUUUAUUUGUUUUUUUCCCUCCCAGUAUUUUACAUUUUUAAAACAGCACUGACUGGGCAUUCUCAUCUCUAAUGGAGCCGUCAGUGAGAUUUGGCUUAACCAACCUGUGCUAGCAACAGUCUGAAAUCCCUUCAGAGAAGGCAGCCCUUUGGAAAGUUUUUGGACUCUGUUUAAUCAACAUUCCGUUUGUUGGUGACACUUGUGAUUUUUCAGGAAUCUGAGUUGUUGAAGGCCUUUUAAACAAGACUCCAGUAUGUGAAGGUUAAUUGCUGUGCUGCAAGAGAUCCUGUCUAUUGGCCCCUGUAGGAAGUUAACCUUUGUUGUUUCCCAUUUAUGAUGUUUUGCUUAUUGCACAAUUGCUUUAGGGUUAAAUGAAUUAUAUUGAUGCCUUGAAAUUAUAGCACUCCGUGAUUAAGAAGCUAAAAUGUUUUCUGUCAUUUACUCCUUAAAAGACUUAAAUGUUUUGUUUGGGACAUUCUUAAUUUUAUUUUUCCGCAUCUGGUUUAUAUUAAUCUAAGAGUGAAUGUAGCAUACUGGUAGCCAGAGGCCCCUUACUUAGUGACAAAGAGAGGCCGGCUCAUGACUGCAGCUUUGUCCUGCCCCUUUCUCACUUUUUCUCCACUACGAUUUUCCCCACUCUUCCUCCUGCCACAAUUUGCUAACAUUUUUUAAAUUCCUCUAUGUCCAGUAGUUUCAUGUCCCUCAGGAUAUCCUCAAAUUUCAAAAUGGAAAAUAUUCAGUUGCGUAGUUAAUUAAAUUGAAAUUUUUCAGAGCAACUACUCAAACUACUAAAUACAUUUAUCUGAGAAAAUCUGAGAGCACCUUGUAUCUGCUUCAGUUAUGUAAUUCUCUGAGAAUGUUCUAGAAAUAGGUAACUCAUUUACAGUAGCUUCUAUUAACAAAUAAAAGUACCUAUGAUUUUUCCCUUUUUUGCUCAGGGAUAAUGGGGAUUUCCUUUUACCUUCUGAGGUAGAAUUUUUUAAAUGGGGAGAAUAGGCCUUUUAAAUAUUGUCACAAGGGUCUACAAUAUAACCUAUAAUUCCUACACAUACUGCAAACAUUUCUUUAAAUUGUACAGGAAAAUGAGCCUACUUCUUAAAAUCUUUGGAAAGAACUUUAACCAGUAAGCAAUUUUAUAACUCAGGAUCAUCAAACCUACUGUUCUGAUUCCUGAUAGAGAAAAAAAAUUAUAUUUCUUUAAAACAAGGCAAGGAGAAAUGCUUAUUUUAUUCCUGAUAAUUUACAGAACUAGAAUAAAAUUUUUUUCUUUCCAUUUUGGACCUAUGUCUGCCAAUUGGAGUUUUGUGCAUGAAAUAAGAAGUUACUUUUUAUAGAGAAUAAGUGCUUUGAAGUCCCUGAAAGGCUCAUCCUAAGUAAUGAUAUUGGUAAUAAAAGCCUUUGAAAGGCUGAAAACCUAAGUAGUGGUACCAUAGCAUUUGGUACUUCUGUAGGAGUGGAGAGUGGCAGCUCGUUGAGAGUUGCAUGCUGCAACCAAGUAGUCAGCAAUGAAAUAAAUACUUCUAGAAUGUUCC